AUGAAGCUCAAAAACUUUGGAGAUGUUCAGAAGAGACCCAGCAAAUCAUCCAAGCUUAACUUGCUGAAACACGACAAGAAUAUGUUCUCUCGGCUUCUUGUUGUGCCUAUCAAGUCGAGAAAUAUAAACCUGCAAGAAGUGCUUAAAUUCAACCUUGGUCCUAUUUCGUAUUCACUUGCAAGUGCUGAUGGUAGCUUGACGAAAACCAACAAGGCAGUGUUGUUGAAAGUGAUCGAGCAAGAGGUGCCUAACAAUCGCCACAUAAUUGAAGCUCCACCCCAAGGGUCGGCACUGAUGAUAGAUGGUAUGGCUGUUCUGCAAUGUUUGAAGGUGGCCAAAAUUCCACCCACAUUUAAAGAGUUGGCACAGAUGAUCCUUGAAAUGAUUGUGAAGAUAAUGUUGUUCUACAAAAGCAACAGAGUAGAUUUCGUCACAGAUAGAUAUCCUGAUCUUAGUAUCAAGUACUGUGAAAGAAAUAGAAGAGCAGCAGCUGGAUAUCAGCGCAUUGAAAUAUUCAGUGGUGAUCAGAAGACACCUACGCAGUGGAAGAAAUUCUUGAAUUGUGGUUCAAACAAAGAAGCACUUGUUGAAUUUUUGUUCAAGUCCUGGUGCCAAGCAAUCCUUUCCAUUACCACUCUUGAAGUUCAUUUGUUCAUUGCCCAUGGCGAUUUGUGUCAUCAUUUAUGUUUUGGCAACCGGACACUUCCAACAGUAAGUCCCAUUCCAGAGCUGACCUGCAGUCACGAGGAAGCAGACACACGGUUGCUUCUCCACGCACAUCAUGCUGCUGUAUCUGGAUGGUCAGACGUAAUUAUUAGGAGCCCAGACACGGAUGUUGCAAUCAUCAGCUUGUCAAUGCAAGAAUCUUGUCAGACAAACUUAUUCUUUGCUACAGGCAAUAAAGAUCAGGAACGCAUUCUUGACACACGCUGCAUGGUUGAGAAAGUUGGUCCUACUCUUUGUACAUCAUUAAUUGGCCUUCAUUCCUUCACAGGUUGUGACUCUACCAGUUUCUUUCACGGGAAAGGCAAGGCCACUUUCUUCCAUCUUGUGAAGGAAAACGACCGGUAUGUAAUGGCAUUGACACAAUUGGGUGAAUCCUUCAACGCCGAGAGAGAGCUUAUCACUCCGUUGGAAGCACUAGUAUGUCAAGUCUACAAGUCCAACACUGAAUCAGUUGACAAGGCAAGGUACCUUCUAUUUUGUACCGGCUCGAAAGAUGGAGCUUCCUUGCCUCCAACACAAGACGCAUUAACACAACAUGUGAAAUGGGCCAACUAUCAAGCAACUAUUUGGAGUCGACACUGUCUCGAAAGCCAGUUGGAAGUGCCAUCACCGAUUGGUCAUGGGUGGACCGCUGACAGUGAUGGCCUUUCUUCAGUAUAUCUGGAUGACUAA